AUGGAAGGGCUGCUGCCGCUUCAAACAUCCAGAAGCGACAGCACCAGCUCGCUGAGUACUCUGCCCAACGAAAUACUACUCCAGGUCUUUUCGCAUGUCGAUUUGUAUCGUUCCAUUCGUGUAUUGGGCUAUAUUCCAGAUGACCCCCCUCCAAGCUCUCCAGACGAGUAUCUCAUUUCCGAUUUUCGCGCUAAUUCUCGCUCGCUACUCAACAUUGCGUUGACGUGUAAGAGGUUCACGGUUCUGGCUCGCGAAGUACUGCUCUCUUCGCUCGUGCUCGAGGUCGGCUUCCCAGGAACAUUGAAUGAGCUUUCCAAUUCGGACAUCUACGGCCUGAUCUGGAGAUUGCAAGCACGACCGGAAUGGAAACGACAUAUAAAGCAGCUGAGAUUAUGCUUACCGUCGGAAGAUCGUGGUAUCAUGAAGUUCAGUGGACGAGGUCCGGUAGAGCCUCACGUGAACUAUCUUGUCUACGAGAAGGCGUGUGAGAUCGUCGCUUCCCUCGACCUACCUGUUUGGUGGAAGACAGGGAAAAUUGCAGAACUGAAAGGCACAUUUGCACGUGCUUCGGCUUCCGUGUUCUUAGCUCUGUUACCAAAUAUAGCGACCUUGUGCAUAUUCGACCCAGAGUCAAAUCUUACCCUCGCUGAGCCGCAUUUCCAAGACACGCGCCGUUGGCAGAGAUUUGCUUUCAAGCUACCGACCGCGCAUGUGCUAUCUUAUUUGAAGUACGAAAGUCCCUUACCGCCGCUAUUAGGGGGUGGCUUGGAGCACUAUCCCAAUUUGCACACCCUCGACCUGAGCAUCAGACUUCAAGGCCAAAUACACUCGCAAAUUCGCAUGGCAUCCGAGCACUACCUAAGCAGCCAUUGUGCACAGCCAACGAUCCGACAUCUCCGUCUAGACUUCGAGGUCAGAACGGUCGGCGUAUGGAAUACCACUUCUCGAGCGUGUAUGACGAACGUUCUCCGCGCCUUUCCCAAUAUUCAAUCACUCGAAUACUACGCGGAACCGUCGGACAGUAAGAACCCGUAUCGGAGUGUCCGCGCGUUUCCUGCCUAUCAGGCAAACAUCCAAUACUAUCCUACCGGGCCGUCUCCUCUUGAGGAUGAUGUCUACGUAGAUGAGCAGCACUGGGAUCGAACGAUAUACGAUGCGCGGAGCGAAGUCACCGACUACCAGAACCUCGUGGACGGCAUGAUACAUCUGCGACCAAACCUCGAAACCCUGAAGCUACCAGGCGGCUUCUGGACAUUGCCAGGCGCGAUGCGCAAACCUUUACCGCGAUUCGACCAAUUUGCGCAACUCAAGAAACUGGUCAUUCCUCAAGCAGCGCUCAUAUCGAUCAAGCUCGACAACAUGCGUUUCGACGCCGUCUUUGAAGGCGACUUCGAACUUUCACCGACGCAAGCUCUUCCAACUUCUUUACAGCACCUCAAGGUCUUUGACGUUGACUUGGCAUUCUUAGAAAGCAGGUGGCUACAGGAUCUCUUUGGCGCGCAGAAGGCCGAGAACCAUUGGCCGAGGCUGCAGUGUGUAGAGAUCUUGAUGGGGCCUACAGUCACGGGGUUGUGUCUUGAGGAGUUAAAGGCUAGGCAGAGCGAUGCGGAGUUCUGGAAGUCGGUGGAUGAAGCGAACUUUGAGGUGGUAGUGGGAAGGGAUGAGGAGGGACCGGAUGCGUGA